AUGUACAUUUUUGAAUGCUCACAAUCUGUGGCUCAUAAACUUCCCUGUUUCCUUCUUUAUGGUCAUAAAUUAGGUCCAAAAGGUGAACAGGGUGAGGCAGGAGAUCCAGGUGAUAUGGCCCUACCUGGUGCUAAGGGUCAAAGAGGUUAUCCUGGAAUUAAAGGUGAAAAAGGUGAAGUGGGGAUGCCGGGAGAUAUUGGCCCAAGAGGUCCUAUUGGAGAUCCAGGUCCCCCAGGGGAUGUUGGAUUGCCAGGUGACGACGGAAGACCAGGGUUAUUGGGCCCUAGAGGUGAUAAAGGAGAUACUGGUUGGCCAGGAACAGUUGGAAUGAAAGGUGAAGUUGGAGAUGUUGGUGAUCCUGGACCAAUAGGUGCACAUGGAAUGCCUGGAGAAGAUGCUAUUGGUCUUCCUGGAGUCAAAGGAGACAAAGGUGAACCAGGAGCACCUGGACAAAAAGGUAUGAUUGGGGAGCCGGCACUACGGGGAUUAAAAGGAGCUAAAGGAGAAAUGGGAUUGCCCGGUCCCACUGGUAGAGAACCUGGAGAACCAGGGCCGAAAGGAGAUCCAGGGUUAAAAGGUACUCCUGGUGAUAUUGGUCCAAGAGGAUUCAGUGGUCCUCCUGGUCAAGCACUACAGAGCACCUACUUGUUCACAAGGCAUUUCCAAAAUCCUGACACUGAACCUGUAUGUCCUCCAGGUUCACAAAAAAUAUCAGACGGAUAUAGUUUUGUAAUGGCUAAUGGAAAUGGUGAAUUAGUAACCAUGGAUUUAGGUUCUCAUAGUUCAUGUUUAAGUAUGUUCAGUAUAAUGCCAUUUUUCCAAUGCCUUCGCGAUGGAUCUUGUCAACUUGGUGUUCGAGCUGAUCGCUCUUACUGGUUAGCUACCACAGAACCUCUUCCAAUGAUGCCACUAGAUGUAAGCGAAGUUACUCGAAGAGUUGCUCGGUGUGUUGUCUGUGAAGCACCAACACAACCUUAUGCUUUUCAUGCACAAGCAAAUCAACUUCAAGAAGUUAACUGUCCAGAAGGCUGGGCAAGACUUUGGGAUGGAUAUAGCUUUGUAAUGCAUAGUGUUGGAAGUACUGGUGGUGGUCAACAACUUUCAUCGCCUGGCAGCUGUCUUGAAUAUUUCAGUUAUUCUCCAUUAUUAGAAUGUAAUAAUGGUAUGAGUUUGUGCAAUUAUUGGUCAGAUGCAAAAGCUUAUUAUCUACGUCAUGUUAGUAAUAAUACAGAAUUUCAAAAACCAGUCGGUCAAUAUAUUACAGAUCAUUUACCAGAUGAAACUAAAGUACUACGUGAAAUAAGUCGAUGUCGCGUUUGUACUAAAUCUCGGUUCCAAUCAUAUUUUGUUUAG